AAAAAGAGAUGGAAAAGAAAAGCACGGAAGCAUAGAUAGCAAGAAGGGGGAGAAGGAAGGAAGGAGCCCAUUCCUGUUCCUCUACCACCGAACACGCGCUUUCCACCCGCGCUAACCUGCGCACCCCCGCUCAUUAUCCUGCGCACCCUCUCUCUUUUCAGAUUCCUCGUGGCGCCCCCAUUGGGAAAGGUUCCGGCGCUGGGGGCCUAGGGUUAGGGUUUCUGAGAGAUGUUGGAUGCACCAGCCAUUCAUGAGUCUUAUCGCGCACUGUUGGAAGCCGUUCGGGCUCGCCGCUGACGACGCCUCCGCCGCCAAUGCCGGACGAGAAUGCAAAGACGGCCUCCUCUGCUUCCGCGACAUCGGAAAACUCUCCGCCGGCGAUUUCUCCAUGGCCGUCGUCCAGGCCAACCAGGUCCUCGAGGACCAGUGCCAGAUCCACUCCGGCACCUUCGGCACCUUCCUCGGCGUCUACGACGGCCACGGCGGCCCCGAUUGCUCCCGCUACGUUUGCGAUAACUUGUUCCGUAAUCUCCAAGCGGUAUUGUUGGCUGAGUCACGCAGUGUUGUGACGGCUGAGGACAUUCAACAGGCGUUCCAGCGGACUGAGGAAGGGUUCACGGCGCUUGUUUCUGAGCUGUGGAGCACUCGGCCGCAGAUUGCCACUACCGGGACGUGUUGUUUGGUUGGAGUUAUUUGUCGGCAGACGCUCUUUGUAGCGAAUCUCGGAGAUUCCCGUGCCGUGUUAGGUAGGAGAGUUGGCAACACCGGUGGGGUGGCUGCGAUUCAGCUGUCGACGGAGCACAAUGCGAAUAUUGAGGCUGUUAGGCGGGAGCUUAAGGAAUUACACCCGGAUGACCCCCAGAUUGUUGUUCUCAAACAUGGGGUGUGGAGAGUAAAGGGCAUUAUUCAGGUUUCUAGAUCUAUAGGUGACGUAUAUAUGAAACAUGCGCAGUUUAACCGGGAACCCAUUAAUGCAAAAUUCAGACUUCCUGAACCAAUGAACAUGCCUUUCUUGUCUGCUAAUCCAACUAUUAUUUCUCAUCCUCUCCAACCAAAUGAUUCCUUCCUUAUAUUUGCAUCAGAUGGUUUAUGGGAGCACCUUAGUAAUGAUCAAGCAGUGGAAAUUGUUCACAGCAGUCCACGAGCGGGUAGUGCCAAGAGACUGGUGAAGGCUGCCCUACAAGAAGCAGCCAGAAAACGUGAAAUGCGAUAUUCAGACCUUUAUAAGAUUGACAAGAAGGUUCGUCGCCAUUUUCACGAUGAUAUAACUGUCAUUGUUUUAUUCUUAAACCACGACCUUAUAUCCAGAGGCGCAGUUCUAAAUCCGCCACUCACAAUUCGAAGUGCUCUCGAUCACUGACUCUUGUGAUUGUAAACAUGCUUCUCUUAUACGGGUGUUCUGGCAACUCUGCCAAUACCAGAAAAUACACCAUUGGCACGUUGCUUGAAUAUACCAUUCAUAGUGCUGGCACGUAUGGUUACACUGAUACCCAGACAAUUAUUGAUGACGCUCGAACUUGUAACACUUGUUAGAAAUUUAUCCAUGAAAAUGAAAAGUAAAAAAAAAAAAAAAAUCAAAAAGUAACUUUUGAUUA